GAGAGCUCAGCCCUAGCCUCUCCUCCCUCUGCCGGAGCUGGGACAGGGAGGGAAGGCUUCAGUUGGCUGCCACUGGGGCCUCUUGACUGAGCAAAGGACAGAGGGAUGGAGGAAGGGAGGAUUGCUCUGGCCCCAUGGGCCCAUCUAAGCCACCACCACCCCUGCCUCAGCUCUCCAAAGCUAGAGGCCUCCCCACCAGUACCUCCUUUCCCACUCGCCCUACAUCCGGCUACCAUUUCCUGCUGAAGGCAGCAACAAACCUGCAGACCACCCCAAAGCAAGGACCUGUCUUUGGGAGGCAAGGGUGGGGUGCACCUGCUAGAGUGAUACCCGGCCCUGCAGAGAAACCAGAGGAAGACAUCUACCUGGAGUGUGAGCCGGAUCCAGUCCCAGCCUUGACCAGAAGUCUAAGCUCUCAAGUCCUGAUGCCCCAAGUCCCUCUGCCAAGGACAUCUGUAGUGCCCAGGCCCACCAUUGCUUCCCAGGAAGCUUGGAAUGGAGCAGUGGAAGCUACAUCAAAAGGAUCUGCAUUAAACCGGGAAGGUCCCAGUCGGUGUCACAAGAUCAGUCCUCACUUGGAAGUCAAAAAAGGCCUGUCUGCAGCGAAGAAGCCGUCAAUUCACUGUGCAGCCCCUAUGCUGAGCACCUCUACUGCUGAGGACAAGAGCCUGCUGGGUCAGCCUUGGUAUUCAGGAAACUAUGACCGUCAAGCUGUUGAGAGAGCCCUGCUCCGCUUCCAAAAGGAUGGAGCCUAUACUGUGCGCCUCAGCUCGGGACCUCACAGCUCCCAGCCCUUUACCCUGGCAGUACUCCUCCGAGGUCGGGUCUUCAACAUUCCCAUCCGGCAGCUGGAUGGUGGGCACCACUAUGCCCUGGGCCGGGAGGGCAGGAAUCAUGAAGAGCAAUUCUCCUCAGUGGCAGCCAUGGUUCAGCACUACAUGAAGCACCCCCUACCCCUUGUGGACAGACACAGUGGCAGCCGGGGAUUCACUUGCCUGCUUUUCCCCACCAAGCCCUGAAGAAAUAGUGACAUACAAAUCCAUCUCUAGACCACAGUGUGCUCCUUCCCCAUCCCCUCCCACUUUGGGCUACCUUCCUUUCCCUCCCCAGCCCAUCUACCCCAAAGUCCCUGCAGGUCCCAAACGAGAGGCACUAGGAAGAGCUGCCUGGAGAGGAUGGCUUCUGGGAGAAGUGGCCUCUUCAGAAAAGGGCACUGCUUAGCUAGCCAAGGGGAUCCUUCCCUGCCUCCUUCUCUUGGGGGUUAGCACCCUCUGGAAGGGACUAGGCUUCCCAGC